AUGAAGACGAUUAAAGCAAGAAUCGGAGAUGAGAUACUUCCGAUUCGAAUUCGCAUCUGCUUUAGAACGGUACCAAGUUUGUGCGGCCAAUCGCGUGCAAUGAAUAUUGGAAUAAGCUAUGAUCGCGGAGUCCUGAAAAUUGUUAAUCACGUCAAGUCUAAACUUCGGCGUGUUUGGAACACAAAAACGGCAAAAAAAUAUUCGGAAUCGAUGAUUAAAUUAUCGAUUGCUUUGAUUUGCUUAUCUUUCUCGGCUCCAGACCAGAUCUGGCGUGCGACAUAUCGCUCGCGUAUGCUUGACAACACUGUGGAUCGUCGCUUGCCGUCCUCAAAGAAUCGGACUCUGUGGACGCAAGGGCGCAUCAUCGGCAAUGUUGUGUCGGUCAGGGCGGCGAUUAAGAGCGAUUUGGGUAUAUUCUCUCCAGCGACGAAGAUCACAAACUGUUGUACUUGGGGAUACGUUGGAGCGGGAGAAAAUAAGACGGCGUGCUCGGCGGCAGAGCUUGGGCAUGAACGUAGACGGCGGAAACGAAAGCGGUUGAAUUGGACUUCAAGUGCUACCAAAUUUAGCGGUCGGAGACUCUAUGCUGUUCUCUAUCGACGGCUAAUGACAGAAGUACAAGGUAAUUAG